AUGUUGAAUCUUGUUUCAUCUACACGCUCUUUUAAUGGUUAUCAAAAGAUAUUUUCAUUUGCCAGUCAUGAAUUAGCUUCAACUGCACGUUUUGGAGUCUAUCUUCCUGAUGGAUAUGAAGAUAAAAAGUUUCCUGUAUUAUUUUAUUUAUCAGGUUUAACAUGUACGGAAAAUAAUUUUAUUGAAAAAUCUGGUUUUCAACGAUUUGCUUCAAAAUAUAAAAUUAUUGUUGUGAAUCCAGAUACCUCACCAAGAGGAGUUGAUAUUGAAGGUGAUUCUGAUGCUUGGUACUUUGGAAAAGGUGCUGGAUUUUAUGUUGAUAGUGUUGUUGAAAAAUGGAAAAAAAAUUAUAGAAUGUAUUCAUAUGUAUCAAGUGAACUUGUAGAAGUUGUAAAGAAAGAAUUUAAUUGUGAUGAAAAUAAAUUUGGAAUUUUUGGGCAUUCUAUGGGUGGGCAUGGUGCACUUGUGAUUGGAUUAAGAAAUCCACAUAUUUUCAAAACAAUAUCAACAUUUUCUGCUAUUUGCCAUCCUUCAAAUUCUCCAUGGGGUAAUGUAGCUUUCAAAGGUUACUUAGGAGAUGAUAAAGAAUUAUGGAAAAAGUAUGAUGCUACAGAGAUAGCUAAAAAUUAUUCUGGUCCAAAAAUAAAUAUUUUCAUGGAUCAGGGUAGUGCUGAUGGUUUUUUAGAAAAAAAAGAGUUGCUUCCUGAAGACUUUUUGGAAGUUAAAAAUGAAAAAAUUAAUGUUGAUUAUAAACUUCGUGAAGGUUAUGACCACUCUUACUUCUAUAUUGCUACAUUUAUUGAGGAACACUUUGCUUUUCAUUCUUUGAAAAUGUAA